AUGGAGAAUUCACCUAUAGUGACUGACUUCAUCCUUCUUGGCAUGACAGACAGCCCUCAGCUUGGGAUCCUGCUAUUUGGAGCCUUCCUUAUUGUUUAUAUUGUCACUGUAUUGGGGAAUCUAGGCCUGGUAGUCCUGACCAGGGUCAGUCCCUGCCUCCACACCCCCAUGUACUUUUUCCUCUAUAAUCUGUCCUUUCUUGAUAUCUUUUUCUCUUCCACAACAAUCCCAAAGACUUUAGCAAAUUUGUUAUCUAAGUUGCAGGCUAUUUCUUUACUUGGAUGUGUGACUCAAAUGGGCUUGUUCAUCAUUUUUGCCUCUGCUGAAUGCAAGCUUUUGGCUUCCAUGGCCUAUGACCGCUAUACCGCCAUCUGUCAUCCAUUGAUAUACUAUGUCACAAUGUCUAGAGUCCAUUGUCUCAUCUUCGUAGCAGUAUGCUACCUUGGUGGGUUAAUUAACAUGGUUUUUGUGACAACUUCCAUCACACAACUAUCAUUCUGUCGACCACGUGUCCUUCCCCACUUCUGUGACAUCCCUCCACUGUUGGCACUGGCUUGCUCAGACCACUGGGUCACCCAGAUCCUGGUUGUUGGCUGUGGGGGAUUCACCCUGGUCACCUCCAUUGUGGUGAUCCUUGUCUCCUACAUGUCUAUCCUCAUGACUAUCCUGGGAAUUCCUUCAGCUUACGGCAAACAAAAAGCUUUUUCUACCUGUGCUUCCCACUUGACUGCUGUUGGCCUGUACUAUGGAACAACUAUGUAUACUUACUUGCAGCCAUCUCGACAUGGAUCCCGGGCAGGAAAUCAGUUGGUCUCAGUGUUUUAUACAAUGGUGAUCCCCAUGUUUAAUCCUCUCAUCUACAGUUUGAGAAACCAGGAAGUGCAAGAUGCUCUAUGGAAAAUACUGAGGCAGAGUCCCUAA